AUGAUGAACGACAACAGCAGCAGGGGAAGUGGAGCCGAGGCCACCCAUCCUGAUGCUCAGCCCAGUGGACCACCCCUCCUGAACAUGAACCACUAUGCCAAUAAGAAGAGUGCAGCUGAGAGCAUGCUGGAUUUGGCUCUGCUGAUGGCCAACGCCUCGCAGCUGAAAGCCGUGAUGCAGCAGGGGGCGAAAAGUUCCUUUUACACCCCUGUCGUCACCCUAAUUGCCAUCUCUCUUUGUCUGCAAGUCACAGUUGGGAUCCUGUUAAUCUUCACAGUACGAUGGAAUCUCGAUGAUGAGCAAAAACACUGGAGGCUCAACUUAAUAGAGAACCUGGCUACAGGCCUGGUUUUUAUCAUCGUGGUUGUCAACAUCUUUAUCAGUGCCCUGGGAGUCCAUCAACCAAACCACAGCAGCUGACCAAGAACACAUAAGUAUGUUUGUUUGAUCACAUUAUCAUCACUUUCAGCCUCUGUCAUCAUUACACUCAAAUCGUCAGCAUACCUUUGGUCUUCUGCUCCUCUGAACUAACUUCCGCUAAUCUACCUGACCUAAGUACAUAUUGAUCCCUCCAGACUACUGUGGAAGUUUCCACCAACAAACUGAAACAAA